AAUAUCAAGCAAAUUCACGACGCAGAGAGGCGCUAUUUAAUUAUUAUGAUGAGGCUGGUGCAUCUUUGUUAUUGUCACGUGUAAAAAUAGUGUCUAAAAUCUUAAUAUUUGAUAAACUAUUAUGAUUUACCUGUUACAUACUUGUGCUUUAGUGUUUACUACUCGCUAACUACAGACACAUUACAAAGAUAACGAAUGUUUUGGUUUUUCGCCUGCAUAUUCCUUGCGCUCGCUCAUUGGUCCGUCCACUUUUUAGGUUGGCCAAUCGGCGUAUUGUUGCUAGGCCGUUUCGUCCUAACGAUUGGCUGGCCUUGUUGUCAAUCAAACUGGGAGCUUGUAUUGUGAGGCCCGAUGCGCGACCGUGCAGUAUUUACGGAGCGCUGCUGCUCUCGGUGUGCGUGGAAGAUACCUGGAAACUUUGUGUUGUGAAGAAUGAUCACCUUUUGUUUUGCGUAAAGUCGCGGUUUUGAAGAAGAGGAGACAUCAACCUGCGCGUCUUUUUCCAUUCAAAGGUGUGCUCUCUUCUCUUCUGAAGCUUCACCACGGCCCUCACCUGUGUGCUCCACUGUUUCUCCUGCGAGUCAUCCUGGGCUGAUCGGCGCUUCCUGCUGCGCCCCCGCACCGUCUCUCCCGCCACUGUCGCCAUGACCCGCUCCAAAACCUUUCAGGCCUAUCUGCCCCACUGCCAUCGCACAUACAGCUGCAUUCACUGCCGGGCGCACCUGGCCAACCACGACGAGCUCAUCUCAAAGUCUUUUCAAGGGAGUCAAGGCAGGGCCUACCUCUUCAACUCAGUGGUGAAUGUGGGCUGUGGUCCAGCAGAGGAGCGGGUCCUGCUGACGGGUCUGCACGCUGUGGCCGACAUCUACUGUGAGAACUGUAAAACCACUCUGGGCUGGAAAUAUGAGCAUGCCUUCGAAAGCAGUCAGAAGUACAAGGAGGGCAAAUUCAUCAUCGAGCUGGCCCACAUGAUCAAGGACAACGGCUGGGACUGAAGAGCCUGAGCUCCCCGUGGCCCAUAAUGCUGGAAAGAAGAUGAAUAAUUAGUUUCAUUAUCUGGCUGUAACUUCCUCCCUGGAAAUCGAUCUACCUGACACGCACCUCGAAACCUUGAGGAUGCAAGGUUCAUAGCAGCAGCAGCAGCAGAAUCGCAAACCCCCUCUAUUCCCGUGUAUAUGUAUGAAUACACGUGCGUGACUGAGCGAAUGUGUGCCGGCUAGACACCAAGUGUUUGUAUGGUGCAAGAUUUUUCCUAAUUGAUUUAAGGGAGCGCAAACUGACACAAAUCGAUGUUUGCUUUCCUUUGUUGGGUUGGCCAAGGUCACAGUUUUGUCCCACACUCAGGUUUAACUAAUGGCUGGAUCCAAUGGUAAAAGAAGGGUGAAUGAUGAACCCGUUUAAGCACGGCACCUUUGAACUCAUCUGUGUUUUAAAUGAGGGCCAGAUUUACUACACAGGGCGAAAUAGCGUGCUGCGCAAUCCCAUAAAAGUGCAAGAUUUAAAGAGCUAUUUUUUUUUAAAUGACAAAUGCAAUCUAUCAAGAACAAUUUCGAAGUGUUCACACUUGUAGUUUGGUUAUCUUGGUGUGUUUGGUCUGGACCAAAGAUGCAAAAAUAAUAGAUUUUAUUUUGGUUCACUUAUGCCGAGUUCAGACUACAUGAUUUUAGGCCCGAUUUUGACUCACUGACAGGUUUUGAGGAAUCGCCGACAAAUGCCUGAACUCACAGGCAAAUCAGUGCUUGUUCGUGUGAGUAACAGUCGCACAGUGUGAACUAUCAAAGACGUGAUCUGAGAGAAUCGCCGAAGAGUCGCCGACACCCGUGAGAUAUCUGGCAUGCUAAAUAUCUGGACCUGUUGGCGAUUCAAAAUCAUGCCGUGUGAAAUGUGUUCUGACUGAAAAUAACAUCCAAUGAGAGAGCAGCAUCCAGGCCAGCGGGAAGAUGGGGUAAUUGGUCUGCCGAAAUGUGUAUAUUCCAUACAAGCUGAAGCUGAUCAGUCAGUUCUUGUCACCUGACUCGCUGUGUUUGUGGCAUUCAUUCAACUGAGUGCGACUGGAAGGCGCGAUCAUGUUACCUCCACUGGAAAAAACGAACUUGCGUGAACUAGAAAAGACGGGAUAUGCGAACAGCAUAUCCUACAAUGCUGCCGUCAUUUGCAAUGACGUUGAUCUUCUUGUUGACAAAUGGGUUGCGGAUCCAUUCCUUGGCAGUUCGUGGGUUCUUUACUGGGCCUUUUACUCUUAGCAAAGAAACUUGCCAAAUAUGUCUGUUUCUUACUCAUUUUGCUGCUUGUGAGUUACAUUUGGGUGCUCAAGUGACUGAGAUGUAACUGAGAGAAUGCGGUUAUUUUUCUAAAUAAAAUACUUUUCAAAAUAAAAGAUCGUCUAGAUUUAGAUAAUAAAUAUACCAGAAAUAGGUAGUGAUUUCUUGUUCCGCUCGGUACCAAUUCAUCCACGGACCGGUACUGGUUCGUUGCCCGGUUGUUGAGGACCCGUGUACCAUGUGACCUUGCAUUGUUUCCAAAGUGACUUCUCACGUGUGUUUGUGAGACGUAGUUUGCGGACAGAGACAAAGUUGCCUGCGAUUCUUCCUAUUGUAAAGUCAUUGUAAAGUCCUAUUCUCAAUCUUGCAGUAUAAACACAGCAGCGGAGGAAUGCUACCCCAGAUAGUCAUGUAGUAUGAAAACGUUUGUGAUGUGACUACUUUGAAAAUCCUGCAGUCUGAACUCGGCAUUAAGGCUGGUUUAUAUUUUUGCAUCGAGUUUUCGGCGUGACCCAUGACCCAUGUAGCUGUGCAUUUAUAUUUCUGCAUGCUGUUUGCGUUACUCUGCAAUAACACUUCCGAAACGCUAUCUGGCAGUAGAUUUGUAUGUUCCUCUGUGUUGAGUUUCUUCGCUGGUGUUUUGUUUUAUUCUGAAUACUACCUUACUGUAGAAGUAGCUCAUUCAGAGGCGGGAGCCAGCGGGCGUGCAACAAUUUUAACCGUGAGGUAAACACAAAACAAAAGUUUCCAUCUGCAGCUCCUUCACGGGACUCCACACUUGUAAACACUCGCUCCAUUGGGUUUGUGGCUCUCAGCACCAUCCACACUCAUCACAGCUACCAAGCCGACCAAUCACAGAGCUUGCACUAUGCAUCAUUGUGACGUGUAGUUACAUGUUUGAGAGAUGCACAUUGGCGUCAAGCAUGGCAAGGGCUAUGCGACCGUGCAAAGGUUGCUCCGGAACAUAAGCAUGAAUGUAGUAUAAAUCAGCCGUUAGCGCUCACAAUCUCAGCCAUUAAGACUAAAUCUGUAGCUGUAGCAACACAAAAAAUAUUUCUUUUUAUGAAAUAUAUUUUUCAGCAGAGCUAAUUUAAUAUUCAUACAUGUGAUGGUUGAUGAAAUGUGAGCCAAAACAGUGCCAGAAAUAUCUCCGUCACACACAAAUGAAGAUUUGCGAUGAGGCAUUUACGACACAUAUAUUGAACUGUAAUGGGCAACAUUGUGACUAUGAUAAAAAAAGUAUGCUUAAAAAAUCAGUCAAAAAAAAAGAACUGCUCUAUUAGAGCAAUCCCACCAGCUUUCUUCAUCAAACCAAACCCGAUAAGUGUAAACACCCUGACGUCAACAUGUUACCACACAUCUUAUGUUUACGGCAUUCCUCAUCCUGCGAUCACAAAAAGCGCAAAAUAGGUUGACAUGCUUGUUUUCAUCCUCAAAUAAUGGCGCAAACACUAGCAAACUGUGUACCACAAACCUUAGUAAAUCAUGUUGCAUGAUUAAUUUAAAGGGCUAUACGUAGAAUUCAGAAAUAUUGUUAAUAUCGUUAGUGUCAUCACCGGUGGCCGUUAAAUGAACUGCAGCAGCAACUUGUUCUGGCUCUUUUACACUGAGCGGUUCAGUACAGUACGGUACGCAUUUAUUUACGUUUCCACUGUCAAAAGUAACCAAAUAAUGGGUGACACUUUAGGACACAAUUCAUGGUAAUUACAAACCAAUAAUAUGUCUUGGUUUGUUAAAUUUGUCUUGUAUCCAGGACCUGAUCAUCAUGAUAUGAAUAUGUUUGCGUUAGUAAAUAGGCAACAACACAUUUCAUUACACAAGCUGCUUAUACAUAAAUAUAUAACAAACUCUGAAAGAGAAACGCAAUAAGCUGCAAAAAUAACUCGCGCCUUUCCAUCACUGCGUGUCUUCACACUAUAGUUGUUUUGACAAUGUUUGUGCUGGCGCAAGCUGUUAGUAAAUCUGGCCCUGAAACGUAAGCGUCGUCCAUUUUGUUUUCCCUCUUUUCUUUAUUUCUCUGUCACUUGCAUGUUGUUUAUUUAUACGUCUAUUUAUUGAUCUGUUCAUUUCGACGUUUGUUUAGGGAUGUUACGCCUAUGGUAAACCGUAGCAACCACAGUGGUCUUACUUGUGACCUCGUAUAGCGGAAGUAGUAGCGUUUGAUAGAGGUUUGUGUGCACAUUUCCUCUCCAGAUUGUGAUCUGCCUCCUUUUGAAUGUGAUUAUGGAGUUAAUGAGGCAUUUAUAUGCCAUUUAUAGGGCACAGGUCGCGUACAUUAGCCAGAGCAAAGUCUUCAGCCCAAGAAAAGGGAACUGAGGCGUUUUACAGCCUGUGAUGUUCCCGCCAUCAAACCACAAAUCAAGUGGUAAACCAGACUCUUUUUUUUCGGGAUCGACAGCUAGUAAAUGUGGCCGCUGAAUGAGGUCAUCCAAGAGAGGCUCGUAAAUAAAAAGCCUUGAACAACCAAAGACUCUUUCAUCAACUAUAGGCUGACCAAACUGAGCUCGAGGUUCUGAUUUAGUCACGUCGUUGUGUUUCGUUUGGUUCAGUUGUAUUGUGACUUCAUUGGUUUAGGUGGUGUUGAUGUUAAUGUAUAUUGUCUUAUUUUAUUGAGUGUACAUUUAUGAUCAGUCAUCAUGUGUUGUUUUAGCACUCAAUCUGUGUAUUUAUCAUUCUGUGGGACCGCUUUUCCUAUUCCAAUGGUUUUUGUUUUGUUUUUUUUUGGGGGGGGGUUUAAAGAAAAAAGUUUGUGUGAGGAAUUUGGAAUCAGUAUUUCAUCUGAUAUCAAUAAAGCUCUCAUUUUACGAU